UUGGGGUGUCGCAGCCUGCUUGGUAGCCGCCUCCUCUCUUGAUCUCUCCGGCGUUGCGCUCGUCAUGGCACCGCUGAGGGGGGCCAAGCGGAGGAAGCGCAAGCCCGAGAGGGCCUUGCCGGCACAGGCGCAGGCGCCGCCGGUGCCGCAGCCCCUCGCCGGCGAUUGGUGGGACGCCUUCUCCCGCAGGCUUGCAGCAGGACAACCUUCCAAACAAUGCCAAAACUUCGAGACUGCCUUUAAGAUGUUAAGGAGGACCUUCGACUACCUUUGCUCUCUAAUUAAAGGGGACUUCACGAAAAAGACACGGAGUUUCAGAAAUUUUAAGUUUGGGGACAAGGUGAUUCUCGGUGUGGAGGAUCAAGUCGGCGUUGCUCUGCUAAGACUGACCACUGGCGAGUCACUUAUGAGCAUAGGAACACGCUUUGGGAUGAACCACUCAAGCAUCUCACACAUCACUUGGAAGUUCAUCGAGUGCUUGGAGGAGCGCGCUACUGGUCAUCUGAAAUGGCCUGAUCCUGAGGAGAUGGCAACCAUCAAAGCAAAGUUUGAAGAGAUCCAGGGUCUCCCCAACUGCUGUGGCGCUAUGGACACAACACACAUCCUCAUGUGCUCUUCGGCGCAGCCUAACAGCAAUGUCUGGCUGGACGGCGAGAACAAGAACAGCAUGGUCCUGCAGACAGUUGUUGACCCUGACAUGCGGUUCAGAGAUGUUGUCUGUGGCUGGCCCGGGAGCUUGGAUGACUCGUGCAUCCUGCGCACCUCAGGUUUCUACAGGCUCUGCCAGAAAGGCUCAAGGCUGGCGGGGCAAAUGGAGCUUCCUGGAGAAUCAGAAGGGCCAACGGUCAGAGAAUACAUUGUUGGGGAUCCCAGCUACCCUCUUCUUCCAUGGCUGAUGACUCCAUAUCAAGAGCUUGGUCUAUCUUCAGAGAAAGUGGAGUUCAACAAGCGUCACGCCGCGACGAGAACGGUGGUGCAAGGUGCCCUGGCCAAUCUGAAGGAACGGUGGCAGGUCCUUAAGGGAGAGGUGUGGAGGCCGGACAAGCACCGGCUGCCAAGGAUCAUCUACGCUUGCUGCUUGCUAAACAACAUCAUGAUCGACCUUAAAGAUGACAUGAGGGAUGGGAUGCCGGCAUCGCACAACCACGACGACGGCUACAGGCAGCAGGUCAGCAGUGUGGUGGACGACGACGCGGUCACGCAGAGAGACCUGCUGAGCCGGUACGUCAGCAGACUCGGCAGCAGAUUGCCGAAGUGAUUCCGUCCCUUGAUCCCUUAAGUUCCUUGCUAACACGAAACGAAGUAUACCAUCAGGUUUACAGUAGUAGUGCGAAUUUUCUUAAUUUUGGUCAUUGGUAGACUGGAAUAGUGAAACUCGUGGUACACAUCCUAAUUUCUUUUGAUGGAAAGACGUCCUAAUUUGACAAGUACAAGAAUGAAACAAGUUCUGUUCUAUAUCUUUAUUUGCAAUAAAAAAUGUUUAAGGCAAA